UGGGUAGAGAUGCGGACCAAGAUGCGCAUCAUGGGCUUCCACGCUGAGGCUAUCAAGCCGCUGAAUGAGGAGGCGGCUGCCGAGCUGGGUGCGAACCUGCUGGGCGAGGCCAUCAUCUUCGCCUGCGCGGGCAGCUGUUUGCUGAUGGAGUUCUGGCGCCAACAGUCCGUGAAACACCGCAAGGAAGUGCAGCACGUGGCCUCGCUGCAGUCGCUGCGGGAGGACGUGGACCGCCUGGAGCAGGCCCUGGAUGAGCUGCAGCUGCAGGUGCAGGAGACCCUGCCCAGGAGUGCGCUGGACCAGCUGCGGGCGGAGUUGCUGGCUACGCUGCAGGAGUUCAAAACCCAAAUCUGCGAGCCCGAGGCGGAUCCCGAGGCCUCUGAGGAGUAG